ACGCACUCGGGACAAAGCGCCACAUCCUGAUACCUGGGAGCGACGCCCUCUCCCGCCAACGUGCCCUGCGCGAGCUGCUGGCUGCGCUGACCGGCCUUCCGUUGGCUGAGCGCCGCUCGCGCCCGCCGGCCCCCGCACCAGCCUGCAGCACGCGGGCAGGUUCUGUCCUGCCCCUGGGCUGAGCGCGUUACUGAGCCUGCGCGACGCUUCCAACCUGGCGGGACUUUAAUUCAUGGGCGGGAGAGCCUCCAUGACCACGCCCACUCCCCUUGUGCGCCACUCUCCGCCCGGUAGCGGGUCUCUCGGCUUUCGCCGUUCCUAUGGCGCUGGGGCGGGAAGAGCAGCGGGUGCUGGAGGAGCCGAUGGAGAAAAGCGUCUGUGAGGAGCUGGCCCCGCUGGAGAGUUUUCAGAAGAGAGCAGUUGACUUCUGUGACACAACACUCAGCAAAGGUUUGAACAACAGAUACUGUGUAUUAAGAAUCAACAUAGUACAGAAACAUGAAGAUGGUCCUGAGAAACACCUGACAAUUACAGCUUCUCAGUCACUUGAAGAUACAGAACUGUGUAUUCUAAGGAAUGACUGGUAUUCUGUUCCAGUAGUUCCAGGAGACAUCAUUCACUUAGAAGGAGACUGUCAUUCUGGUACCUGGAUAAUAAAUAGAGACUCUGGAUAUCUAAUUCUGUACCCAGACUUGCUGCUUUCUGGUACUACAGUAUCAAAUAGUAUUCGAUGUAUGAGAAAAGCAGUACUGAGUGAAAAGUUCAGGACUUGUGAAUCCAGUUCACGGCAGAUGCUGAUUGGUACAAUCCUUCAUGAAACUUUCCAGCAAGGAGUACCAAAUAACUUUGCACAUGAAAAACUACAAGAACUUGCCUUCAGAACUGUCCAUGGACCGAAGUAUCUAAAAGAAAUGUACUACUUAAAUCUGAAACAAGAAGAAAUCAUGCAAGAAAUAGAAGAAUAUCUUCCAUCAAUAUCUAAAUGGGCAGAAGACUUCAUGCACAAACCUAGUCAAGCUAACCACAACAAAAUGCAGCUAAAACUACCAAGUGAAGGAAAAAUAGAAGAUUUAUCUUGUAAUAUUGAAGUUACAGAGUUCCUGGAUAUUGAAGAGAAUAUCUGGUCUCCCAGGUUUGGAUUAAAGGGCAAGAUUGAUGUUACAGUUGGUGUGAAAAUACACCGCAAGUCUGGAACGCAAUAUAAGAUAAUGCCAUUGGAGCUUAAAACUGGCAAGGAAUCUAACUCCAUAGAACACAGAAGUCAGGUUGUUCUGUACACCUUGUUGAACCAAGAACGAAGAGUGGAUCCUGAAGCUGGAUUUCUUCUUUACCUUAAAACUGGCAAUAUGUAUCCUGUGUCUGGCAAUCGUAUGGAUAGGAGAGAAUUACUAAAGCUAAGAAACCAACUGGCAUUUUACUUAUUCCACAGUAUGUGUAAAUCUGCCCUGGGAAAUAAGCAAACACACCUUGCGUCUUUGCCUCCUGUAAUUGAUGACAGUCGGGCCUGUAAAUAUUGCUCACAAAUGCACAACUGCUUUCUUUAUAGCAGAGCUGUAGAGCAACAGAUGGAUAAUGUCCUUAUUCCUCCUGCUUCGGUACCCAUUAUUGAAAAAGAGACCCAGCAUCUGAAACUUUCUCACUUACAGUAUUUCAGCCUGUGGUAUCUGAUGUUAACCUUGGAGUCACAGUGUGGAGAGGGCAAAAAGGGACGUAAAAAUAUAUGGCUGAUGCCUGCUUCAGAAAGAGAAAAGGCUGGAGACUGCAUUGGAAAUAUGAUCAGAGUUGAACAUGUGGAGGAAGCUUCUGAAGGACAAUAUCUACAUUAUUUCCAGCGUAAAAAUGGUACCAUGCCUGGAACAAACCUGUUGGUAGGAGAUAGAGUUGUUGUGAGUGGAGAGAAGACAUUACUUGGCUUGUCUGCUGGCUAUGUUAAAGAGGUCAAUGUGACAAAAAUUUCCUGUUUAUUGGACAGGAACUUAUCUAAACUCCCUAAGGACACUAUAUUUAGGCUAGAUCAUGAAGAAGGAAUUUCUGGUAUUGAUGCCCCCCUAAGAAAUCUUUCUAAACUGAUGGAGAAUUCUUCUGCCAGUGAAAAGCUUCGUAACUUAAUAAUUGACUUCCACAAACCACAGUUCAUCCAGCACUUGAGCUCUGUUCUUCCUCCUGAAGCAAAGGAAACUGUUGCAAACAUUUUAAAGGGUCUGAAUAAGCCUCAGAAACAGGCAAUGAAACAAGUGCUACUUUCAAAAGAUUACACGCUCAUCGUGGGUAUGCCUGGAACAGGAAAAACUACUACAAUAUGUGCUCUAGUAAGAAUUCUUUAUGCCUGUGGCUUCAGUGUUCUGCUGACAAGUUUUACACACACUGCUGUUGACAAUAUCCUGCUGAAGUUAGCCAGGUUCAAAGUAGGAUUUUUGCGCUUGGGGCGAGCUCAGAAGGUUCAUCCAGACAUACGGAAGUUUACAGAGGAAGAAAUUUGCAAAUCUAAAUCAAUUAAAUCUAUAACUCAUUUGGAGGAACUCUAUAACAAUCAACCAGUAGUUGCAACAACGUGCAUGGGAGUAAACCAUCCAAUUUUUGCUCGGAAACUGUUUGACUUCUGCAUAGUGGAUGAGGCGUCUCAAAUAAGCCAGCCAAUCUGCCUGGGUCCACUCUUUUAUUCACAUAAGUUUGUGCUGGUGGGGGACCAUCAACAGCUACCUCCACUUGUACACAACACAGAAGCAAGAGAUCUUGGCAUGAGUGAAAGUUUGUUUAAGAGACUGGAACAAAACAAGAAUGCUGUUGUCCAGUUAACCGUGCAGUACAGAAUGAAUAGUAAAAUUAUGUCACUAAGUAACAAGUUGGUGUAUGAAGGCAAAUUGGAAUGUGGCUCGGAGAAAGUGUCAAAAGCCACUGUUAUCCUGCCAAACUUAAAAAAUUUGAAGCUGGAGCUGGAAUUAUUUGCAGAUUCUUCAGAAACAUGGUUGAAAGAAACACUUGAGCCCAACAAUCCUGUGUGUUUUCUUAACACAGAGAAGGUUCCAGCACCAGAACAGGCAGAAAAAGGUGGUGUAAGUAACGUGACAGAAGCCAAACUAGUACUCUUCCUCACCACCUUCUUUAUUAAGGCUGGCUGUAAAGCUUCAGAUAUUGGUAUCGUAUCUCCAUACAGACAUCAGUUAAAGAUAAUCACUGACUUGAUGACAAGCUCAUGUAUCAGUACAGUGGAAGUAAAUACUGUGGACAAAUACCAAGGAAGAGACAAAAGUAUCAUAAUAGUAUCUUUUGUUAGGAAUAACAAUGAUGGAAAUCUUGGAACACUUCUGAUGGACUGGAGGCGUCUUAAUGUUGCUAUUACAAGAGCGAAGCACAAAUUAAUCAUGGUGGGCUGUGUUCCAUCACUAUGCCGCUAUCCUCCUUUAGAGAAGUUACUCUGCCAUUUAAAUUCUGAAGCCAUGAUUUUCAAUCUUCCGUCAGGAGCACAUGAACGUGUCUAUCAGUGUAACCUCCUAUGACUAUAAAGAUGAAGAAUUUGAGGAAAAAAGUCAUCUUGUUCACUUUCUACAUGUGCUGCUGAAUGCAAAUAAUGGUUUAGUAGACUAUGGGUGCUGAGUGCAGCAUGUAGUCUGAAUGGAUUUGAUUUCAGUCUGCUUUCUCAAACUGUAAAAGUUUCUCUUCACCAUAUUGCACAAAUUCUUAUAAAGAAAACAGGUAAUUUUAUUACCAGUGUGACACUACCAUAUCAGUAGCACAAAAGUCUGCACUUCUAGAGGUACUAGAUAGCUACUCUCGUAUUCCAUUUUCCUUUGGAUAUAUAUUUAUCUAUAUAUUUCUUGUGGGUGAUAAGAAAUUGCCUAUUUGCCACUCAGUACAAAUAAUAGACACUGCUUUGAGUGACAAUACAUUUGGGAUCAUUUUGGCUUUGCAGAUUUUAAAAUGUAGUUCUUACAUAGAAAUUCCCUUUCUUUCAAACUAUAAGAUUGUAUUUUUGUGCCUCUUAGAAAAUGAGUUCCCUUUUCUAUUUCCAAUGCCCAUCCUGUUGCCUUCUUUUUAAAGUCUAUCCUACGUGUAAGAAAAUAACACUUAUGUUUUCAUACAUAAUUGUAUUCUAGACUUCUCACGCUGACACAACUUGAUAACAUAUUUCCAUCUUCCACUAGCUUAUGGAUAUGUUCUGAGAAAUGUGAUGUUGAUAUACCUAUUCGCCUUUAAGAGUUAAAUUAUUUUAGCAAAUGAAAGCUUUUUAAAAACUUAUGGGGUGAAAUCCUGGCCAACCUUGAAGUUAGUGGCAAGACUCUUUUGACUUUAAUGGAGCCAGGAUUUCAUAUGUAGUAUUGGCUUUCUUUUGGGAGUUGUUGGUUUGGGGACAGAUUUGUAGUUUACUGUUAAUAAACUUACAUGCCAGGUUGCUUCCUUAAAUGAUGCAAAUUUCCCUUUACUUGACACAGUAUAAGAAAGCUAAAAUAGAACUACCUCAUGCUUAAUCCUUUAGUUUAUGCUAUUAACCUAACAUUCAUUUGUAGAUUUUAACUUUUGACUCUUCAAAAAGACACACAUGCUAUUCAUUGUAUUUUUUCACAUUUAGUUUCUUUAAUGUCAAAGUUGUGUGCAAAGAGUUGUUCAUGACUUUAUACAUUAGAUGUGGGCAUUUCUGGUUUUAAAAUUCACUAUU